AUGUCAUCUCCCAAGACCAACGAGUCCCCUGUCCGCAAGUCCACCGACUCUGCCGGUCGUCGUAGAUCAAGCUCGGGCAUGUUCGCCGGAAUGCAAGAGUACAAGAGAGAAAGUCCAGCCCACGCCGCCAGAAGAGCGAGCAUCAAAGAGCAAUCCAUUGGCAGCGGUGGCUUAUUGGCCAAUGUAUGGAACAGCACGUUCAAGGGUGACAAGAAGUGA